UGAUUCAGUACCAAAACAGCCCGAUGUUGCCACAACAACAGCAGCAAUCUGGAUGAGCAAAUCGAAGCAUCAGAGCUAGUCUUUAGAUUGACCUAAACUUCAGGUUUUUACGAUUGUAGCUCUCUAGUUCGCCAAAUUGCUUGCAGUGAAAUGUUAUCGCGGUUUAAGUGCAACUUUGGACGGAAUUGAGGAUAUUCUCAACACACAAGAAGCCUAAUCGACAGUGACAGAAAAUGUUUUCACGAUGAGAGCAGACGAAUAGUGCUAUUAUUUGUUUACAUCUGUGGAAAUGACUCUUUUUUAGUGUGAGAAAAACAAUGAAUUUCGAAGGAAAAACUGCUGAAUUUAUCACUCCGCAACAAGUAUUAGGGAAUAUUGAUGACAGUUUACUGGGUGGGGAUCCAGAAGAAAGUGUGAAUGUACUCCUCAUCAAUGAAGUUAAGAAGUACCCAAUCCUGUAUGACUUUAAUAACGAAAAGUACUCAGACAAGGAAAUAAGAGCAAGGAUUUGGGCACGUAUAAGUGAGGACCUUGGAAUUAGCAUCAAAGAAGCUAAACACCAUUGGAAGCGGCUUCGCGAUUCCCUUCGUGACGCCUUGAAGCGUCAGGAUGGAAAACUAACUAUAAGUGGCGCAAUUUGUCGAAAAACUUGGCGAUAUCACAAGAAAAUGGAAUUUGUUAUUCCUUUCAUGACUGCUAGAGAUCCUGCAGCAGCCUCAGGCACCAAAAGAAGCAGAAGACGACGUAAUGCCAAUCCAAACUCUCAUCCACCUCAAGACGCUGCAUUGACGAUGCUAGCGUCAGGUAGUUCUUCAGCUAUAAUGCCAAAGGCAUAUAUAAUUCAAGCCAACCCAUCUCCUUCAUGUCUCACUUACACUGGCUUAACAGCCCCUGUAUCAAUCAACUUAAUAGCAGCUAAUGGUGGCCGAAGUGCUAUCAAUUAUGGCUCUAGUUCAUCUAAUAAUCAAAACAAUGUUCAAUCCAGCUGCAGUAUGCAACAAAGAUCACUGAAUGUCUCUGGCGAAGGAGCAGCUUACUACAAUGGUAGCACUAACACUAGUGCUGCCAGCAGCAGCAGUAGCAGUCGAAUAUAUAAAGGCGAAGGAGUGGAAAUGUCACUCCUUGAAGAACUUGCCCACAAACCUCUUGAUGAAGAUCUCUACUUUUGUUUAUCCAUGGCGGCCAGCAUGAAACGUUUAAGUGAGCAGCGACGAGCAAGGCUUAAGUGUGAUAUGAUGAGUAUGCUGUAUACAGCACAAUGCGAGGAAGCUUUUCCAUGACAGUUAUCUUAUAUUGCACUGUAAAUGUUUGAUUUUGCAAAUUUGUAUGAGUAGUUAAAUAUUUUCACCAAAACUUACCUAAACAUAUUGUAAAGUGCAAAUAGAAUGGUGUUCAUUUAUACCAUAUGUAAAUGCUUAUUUGUAACCAACUCUGGUUAAUUUAUUUUAUUUUGAAUCCCUUCAGGGGCCUAUGUUGUUUGAGAAGUAUUUCUGCAUUUUUGAAAAUUUUAAUGCAUCAUAUCACUCAUCUGUUUUGUUACAUUUUGUUGUUCUCUUUAUGUCCCUUUUUUUUAUUAUUUUGUCUAGUUUUAAAUAUAAUGUCCUCACUACUUGGUGCUUGAGGAACUAUCUACAAUGUUUGGACUGUAGCCUACACAUGUAGGCACAUAAUGGGUACUAGUGGCCACCUAGUAUAAACAUUUUACACAUGCAGCGUUUUAAAUUCAUCAUCUCACUGACUAAAACUAGUUACCCUUGUACAACUUGCUGAGUUCUAUGGUUCCUGUUGACUACAUGAUAAUAUCCUGUUGGAAUAAUUGUGUGUACAUCUAUGCUUUGAGCAAACAUAAUGGAGGUAUUUUCUUUUCUGCUGUAGUCUGAAAUUGUUUCUAAGUCAAGCCCAUGAAGUUUUGAUAAGGCCUUACAAAUAUCUAUCCAGGUAAUAUGCUACCGAGCACUAAACCUCAAUUUUUUAACAUAUAAUUUCUCUUUGGAAAGCUGUUUGCUGUAUUUAUUUUCCUUAUUGAUAUAUUAAAGAAAGACUGUUCUGUUACCACUGUUACUUUGCUCUAAAUCCCUCUUAUUGUAUUCAGCUAAGUUUCUUUGUGAAAUGUUGAUUGAUAUAUUUGGCCAGGAGACAUUGUCUUAAUGAUCUUAUUAUGUGAGCGGACACUCCAGACAAUGUCACAGUAUUUGUUGUUAUGAUAUAGUUUCAUUGUGAAAACUAUUUGUACUAGUGUUAAUUAGGCCUUCCGCUCAGGCAUACCUCUAGUUAUUACCAGAAUUACUAUGAAAUAUUUAUCUAUAGAAGUCUGUAAGAAUUUUUGUAAAAAGAAAUUCGAUACUGUUUAACAUUACAUGGAAUUAAUAUGUUUUAUUCCUACAAAACAAUGAAAAACAAUCGAUGAAAUGUAAAGCCAGUUGUUCUUAUGUUUGUUCUGGAACUGGAUUUGUGUGUGUAGUUGAGUUUUUUGUGGCAGAUACACAAGUUCAAUUGGCUUUAAAUUAUGAUUAUGAUACUGUCUUCCUGUGGCUCCAACAGUAAAAUAUUUUCAUGAUUUAUUUGCAAAGCUAAGUAACAUUUUUAUUUGUUUUUAGCAAAUUACAGAAAUAUACCUACAUGUUUCUGCAAAAA